UUCGUAAUAACAGAAGUAAGAAGAAGAAUUAACCUCUUUUAUAGUCACAACGUGUUUUGUUUGUUGUUUUCUUACAAUCUAUAAAGAUGGGAAAAAUUAAAAAAGAACCUGUCGAAGAUAGUAUAAAAGAAGAACCAAGUGAUGAAUUGACCUACGAAGAAAAAGUAGCUAAUUGUAAUGCAAUUUCUAAACCCAUGGCUUCCAAAAAAUUAACGAAACGCUGCUACAAGUUGGUGAAAAAAGCUAUGAAACAAAAAACGUACAUCAGAUGCGGUUUAAAAGACGUACAAAAAAGGCUGAGGAAAGGAGAAACUGGUAUUGUGCUUUUUGCUGGAGAUAUUUGGCCAAUUGAAAUAAUGUGUCAUUUACCAAUUGUGUGUGAAGACAAAAAUAUUCCAUAUGUAUUUGUACCUAGUAGGAAAGAUUUAGGUGGUGCUAUGGGUGUGAAAAGAGGAUGCUUAACUGUUUUAAUUAGAGAACACCAAGACUAUAAAGAUUCGUUUGACGCACUAGCAGAAGAGGUUAAACACUUAGGAGUAGCUUUAUAAUAAUUAACAAUUUUUUAAUAUAACUGCAAUCAUUAUGUAUUCUUGAUUAUAUGCUAGAGAGCAUCAACGUUAUAGUUAUGAAACUUUUCUAAAGACAGUAGAGUUUUUUUGUAUAAACAUAAUUUCAACUUGGGGUGUUUUAUUUCAUUUAUAUGACAUUAAAUUUGAACCCUACAAAGAAUAAACUGGAUGUUAGUAAAAAUGCCAGAGGAAUGAUUUACUUACAGGAAAAUUGAAAUGAAAUUAAAAUAUAUUUUAUUAAAAAUGUUUAUUAGAAUAGCAAAUUAUUGCACACAUACAUGAUUGUUGAUUAGGUAAAUGUGUUUUCGGAAUACGUGUAGAUUAUCUAUCUUCUAACAAUUAUAAAGUUGUGGAAACCAAAAUAAAAUUUUUGAUAAUUCCAUUUAAAGAAACAUUUUUUUAAUACUGAUACUAAGAUCCUUUUUACAAAUCUCAGUUGAUAUGUUUCUAAUUACUAAAUUUAACCACUAAAACAAUAACCGAUUCUCUUAAUUUACCAAAAGUACGAGAUAUAUUUAUAAAAUUUCAAAAAGAAAAUGAUCGGAAAAUCAAAGAAACAACUCAAUGUUGGUUUUCUUUAAUGACAGGAUUUUAUCUGGAAAUUUUUCAGUUAUCCUCUAUACAGCUCCAACCUAGCUUUCUCAACAUCCUUUUACAAGGGGUACAAGCUUUUAGUUGGUUUAAAGCAUUUUUAAAAGGAAUGGGGUCGAUUGAGGAUGAAGUACAAAAUUAACUAUCUUCAUAUGCAAUAAUCUAUGAAAAUGUCGAUAGAACUUGAGUAAUAUUGUGCAUGUCACAAGCAUAAAAAAAUAAAGAGGUAUCGUGAUGAUGCUUCUUGUAACACAAGUUUUAAAAUAAAUUCUUGUGGUUCAAAAUCUUCUCCAUUAACAUGACAUGUGAUAAGGUAUUAAAAAAAUCAUAUCUGAAUGUUACAUUUUGGGACUCCAAAGGUACAACAGCAAUAACAAUGUGAAAGUAUGUUUCUAUACACAGGAGGGUAUACAAAAACAUGUGGCACCCACACUGUGUCAAAUUCUUCAUUACACACCAAUGAUUAUAUUUUCAAUAAGAAUAUUGCAAACAAAGAUGUAUAAUAGAUCAAAAAGUGGCGGAAAUUGUGCUUAUUGCACGAGUAUUGUUCAAUAUUGAAGAUUGAAAUGAAUAAACAAUACAAAAAAGAAUGAAUUUUUUAUAUAAUGAAUAAUUAAAUUGGUUUAUUUGAAAACUAAAAGUAUUCUACAAUUAAAAAUUGUUAUCAUAGAUUUGUCAAAAAAGGAUCGAAGGAUUAUGUUAUAGAAAAAUAGCUUAAAAUAGUUUCUAACAGUAGAUUUUCCAAUUGACUUCAACUUACAUGUUUUCAACCAAAGUGUCCUCUACUCAGAAAAUAUAUUAAUGUGUCAUUAAAAAUCACAAAUAAUUGUAACUCGCUAGCUUCUAAGUUCUAAUACAGAUAAAUUUGAAUAGUUUCAUAAUCCAGUUAGAUAUUUAUACCAUUUUUUCAUCGUUUAAUUGAUAAAUACCUUAUUGCAAUUAAUGGGAAUCACAACUCUACUGUUUCCAGUUUCUUCUUUUUUAUAAAAAUUGUCAAUUUCACCAUUUUUUUAUAGCUAUACAGUUACAAACGACCUAUGUAUUUUUUAAUGACACAAAUCCAAUAUUCCACAAUUGUCUUUCUAUCAAAUAAAUAAAAUAUGAUGUUAAGGUAGAUAAUGCUUUUUAUUUUAUUGUUUUACUGUAGAUAUUCUAAUUAAUUCUAAAGUUCCUAUUCUAGAACCAGUAUUAUCUACAAUAACAUCAUUUUCGCAAAGUUUACUUUACUUCUGGUAUAAAGAAUGUUUCAAGUUUUUCCUGUAUAAAUAUGAAUUUUAGAUGAAUAUAAAUUUAUUCUCAAUCUUAUUAUAUAACAUUAUCAGACUGAAUCACCCUUUAUUCAAAAGUAAUAUGAAUUCAAUAUUCACUGAAAUAGAAAGUACACUGUAAAAAACAUGAACAAAUAGUCUUAUUAUAUUGUGUAAUAAGAAGUUAUUGAAAACUAGACAGACAUAUCUAUGUCGAUACAAAAGGGAAGGGGUAUUAAUAAAAGUUGGUUUUGCAAUUUUUACCCCAAGAACUAUUUUCUCGUUAUUCAAGUUCUCUAAAUAUGAUUAUUGCUCCGUAAAAUUCUAUGAUCUAAUAAAAAAGAAGACGAUAAAUAAUAAUAUUGUUGUAUAACAUUAGGUUAAAUUUUUCUGUUACAAAUAUUUCAAAAACUAACAAUUAAUUACACCUCACAUGUAUUUUUGUGUCCACAUCCUCAAAAUAAAUAAGAUAUGAAAAAAGAUAAAUAAACUGGAGAAAGGGCAUUAGCGACGAUUUUCACCAGUGAAUUCCAGCUGGGCAUUCUGGUUGAGCAGUUUGACAACAAAGAUCAGUUGUUUUGUCAGUGUUCUUGAUGUUUUCAAUAGAAUGGUAUGAUACCAAAGAUUCCCAUUCGUUUUAUCUCGCGAGAAAAACCAACACCAUGAAUCGAUAGAAGAUCUCUCAUCUGCUUUGAUUUUGCAUGAACGUAAUGUGGCACCAGCUUCGAAAUCUAGCGACUUUUUGAGUACUACAGAACGCGCUUCGAGUCUAGACUAGAACCUUUCUAAUAGGUUGUGCGUCGACAUGACGUGAAUCAGCUGAAUCGAUUAAUUUAUAUUGUACUCUGAAAUAGUGAUUGUGAAGGUUUCUUUUUAAUGAGAAACUGCAUAUUUUUGUAUAGAAUAGAAAGACGAUAUCUAAAAUAUAUGAAACGACGCCCUCUAA